UUUUUUUUAUAAAGUAUGAGCGUGUAGUCUGGACAAACAACACUAUUUUUAACAGAUAAAGCUCCAGAAUGUAUGGCAAAUGUUUAGAUUUUAUCUUCGUAUCUUAGAUCUGAACCAUUGUGGUGACGCAGCUCGUGCAACUGCAAUUACCGAAUAUGUGUCACGGCUUGCUCAGUGCUUCCUUGUAAAAGCGCUAUAUCUUUUCACACUGUCGAACUGUCGUGAGCAGGAAGUGGGAAACGAAAGCAGAACAGCCCACGUGGGUGGGGCUACUUAAAAAUACUUGCAGUACAAAAACGAAGGACACAAGUUCCGCUUGUAGUCGGAGCAUGCGACAAGAAAAUGCCGUGUACUCGUCAUGAUGUUUGACUUUCAGGAUUCAUAAGACUGUGACUGCAUUACAAUAGUUCUGAUGAACUCGGGUCCCCCCCCCCCGGCAGCGUGAUAUACAAGACGCCUACAGCUAGUAGCGUGACUCUCUUUCAAACCCUAGCGGCACCUAGCUGUUCAUCUUCGGGACGUUGAAACGUGUGACUUGGAAAUGGGCAAAUUUUACAACACGCGGUCGACAAGCUGAAUGAUAUUGGCUCGCAGGUGUAUUUUUACGGACAUUUCGUGCUUAUUUUGUGUGUGUGUGCGAGCGCGCGUGCUUGUGUUUGCCAGAAGUAUAAGUACAACCGACGAGUGAGCAUUUCCUAUUUGAAGAGACACCUCCGAAUCCGAGUUGUGUCCUGCUGCAAUUGGGAAUCAUAGUGCGACCUAACAUGGCAUCUACAAUUGAGAGGAAGACCAUGGAAGUUAACGAAGAACUAGUGGAUGAGGUCCUCCAGGUGCCUCCAUCAAUGCUGAUGUGUGGUGGCUGUCAGCAAAGCAUUGGAGACCGUUUUUUCCUGAAAGCCAUAGAGCAGUACUGGCAUGAGGACUGCCUGAGUUGUGACCUUUGUGGCUGCCGGCUGGGAGAGGUUGGCCGAAGAUUGUACUACAAGCUCGGUAGGAAGCUGUGUCGAAGAGACUACCUAAGACUGUUUGGUCAGGAUGGGCUUUGCGCUUCCUGUGAGAAGAGGAUCCGGGCAUUUGAAAUGACAAUGCGGGUUCGUGACAAAGUGUACCACCUUGAGUGUUUCAAAUGCGCAGCCUGUCAGAAGCAUUUCUGUGUUGGUGACCGCUACCUGCUUAUCAACACAGACAUUGUAUGUGAGCAGGACAUUUUUGAGUGGACCAAACUCAACAGCAACUUACGGUAAUUUCCUUUAACGACUUGAAAGCUGGUGUCACCAAAUUUUAUUACAGUUACUACUUUACAGAAGAGCUACAUAACAGUUAAGCAAGUGCAGUUCUAUAGAAUUGAGUUUCAAAUAUAUUUUUAAUAUUUUCAAUUCACCAGCACAUAACCAAGAUUUCAUUUGCCUUGGGAAAGGUGAAGACAUUUUUCAAUGUAUGAGGGCAAUAAUAGCUGUUUCACAAACAUUUUUUUAGAUAGUCAUACACACUCGACAAUAAAAAUGUAGUUUGUUAUUGAGUCGCAGUGGAUACAAAUAAUGUAUGUGGAUACAUUUUAUAGAAUAAUUUUUAAAAAGGUCCCAUUUUCUCAAUAUAAGUAGGUCAUAUGCCACAGUCACAGUUCUAAUCUAUGACUCUUAGAAGUGCGGUCUUAACUUCUCAUAGUCACCAGCAUAGUCAGUUUUCAUGUUGGCUGAACAGCUGACUCGUGCUGCUCCACAUUACACAUCUUAAUGAGUAUCAAAUGUUUUUUCACCUUAUAAUGUUUUCCUUAAAUUUAUGUGCUAUAAUUUUAAUUUGCAUUGGUGUAACUGUUAAGUGGAGCUUAUCACAGAUAAAUCUGACCCAGGAAUUGUUGCAUUAAGUUGUAUGUAACAGAAAAUAAAAAAAUAGAUUGGAUGGGUUUAAAUCUCUACAGAAUAUACUAGGAUUUAAUUUUUCUUCAGUGGAAUUUGUUUUAGUUAAAACUUGUAAUUUGGCACACAAUUACUUCAUUUAAUUCUAUUAAUUUAAAGGUCAUUUUUUCAUCAUGGGUCAUUUGAGUUAAGAACUAGGUAAUCAUUAAGCCAUCUAAAACAUUUCUUUGUACAUGCUUUAACCCUAUCUGCUUUUUGAAUUUGAAAUUUCAUUAAAUCUUAUAUAGCUGACACAAAGACCUAUUCAGUGACUUGAGAUUAAUGAUUUAAUUCCUUUUAAUCCAUGUACAAAUUGUAGAAUAAUAAUUCUUAUUUUACAAAACAUGUAUAAGGAAAUGGGCUCACUUGGUAAACAUGCUACAGUGAGUAUUCAGUAUGCUAUUUUUUAAGUAUUAUGCGAAUAAUAAAAUUAAAAUGAUCAGUUUUUAAAUAAAAAAUUGUCAGAUUUGACGCAUUAAA